AUGUUCUCAGAGUUUAGAAUCAACAGUAACGGCAUCGGUUGUAUUUGUAUGACUAAACAUAAGGAGAGUCGUCAAAGUACUUCGUUGUUUCGUCUUCUGAACUUUGAACUUUUCGUCAAACCAAAUAAGGUCGUAAUAUCUUUUGGGUUAUCUGCAAUAACUGGGUGUGUCGCAUAUCUGGCCUACCUUAAUUUGACUCAUCAGCAUCCUCAGGAUCUUGCAGCAAGUAGCAACAUCAAGAUGCCACUCUACAACACAGUGUUGUAUAUUCCUCCCAUUGAACCCCCAAGAAUCACUGAUUUCGACUCCAGCGCUUCUCACAUUAACGACGAUAGAAUUAAAAUUGCUGAAGUAGAAGCUUGUUUUGGAGAGUUUGAGGCACAACUUUCUAAGUUUUGCCAUUGUAGUCAAUCGAAUGAUGUUCAUACUCAAUGUUGUGUUCCUGGAGCUGGAAAUUUUACACAUCCAGUGAAUGAAAGAUACCUACGUCGUACUGUAGAUGAACAAUUAAGAGAUCUUACACUUGAAGGUGAACGUAAUCGAACACGUGUUGAUCGCGAUCCUCAGAAUAGUAAUUUUGAUCGAAACUCAAUUUCCAUCUUACAUCGACGUGGAAGAUUUGACUCACACAGAGCUCAGGAUUCUGUUACACAAUCCUCAAGCGGAAUAGCUGAGGCAGAAAGCAAAUUAUUAAGUGUUAUUAUUUCCAUUUUGGGAAAUCCACCAACUGAUGCUCAUGUCAGAGAUGUAAAUAUAUAUGUCUUCAGACCAACUGAACCUCAUAGUUUGAACUUUUUCGUUCGACCACUGCCACCAGUUAAAAAGCGUAUCACUUUAAAAACAGCUCUUAAAGCUUUUGGAUUAUUUUGUACAUUCACAGGCAGUGGUCUUUUAGGUUAUAAACUAUUUGUAGCUUUACCAUCAUACAAUGGACCAACAAGAGAUUUGCAAAAUAAACCAAUUGUGAUAACACAACCAUGUUCCAAAAUUUCCCGUGAAUUAGUAUAUAAUUUAGCUAAACAAGGUGCUCAUCUUAUUUUGGCUGAUGAUCAUUGGGAUAGAUGUGAUGAAUUAAAAGAACGUUUAAUACGUAAAUAUGGUGUGAAAUCAGAUAUGAUUGAAUGUCGACGUUUAGAAUUGGAUAGUAUGAUAUCAAUACGUCGUUUUACUGCUAGUCUAUUAACAGAUUAUUCACAAUUAGAUACAGUGAUUAUUCAAUCACCAUCAUGUAUUAGUAAUAUUAUUUCUGGUAAACGUUGUUUAACACAUGAUGGAUUUGAAAAAGAAUUAGGUAUAAAUUAUUUUGCUACUUAUUUAUUAAGUCGUUUAUUAAUCAAUCGAUUAAAUGAGAAUAAUGGACGCCUUAUUUUAGUUGUUGAUACCAAAUCAGCUAAUAUAGAUCAAGAGAAUGUAAUGAAUCUAUCAGAAUCAUCACAAAUUACAAUUCCAUUAGAUAAUAUUAAUUGGGAUAAUGAUAUCAAUUAUACACCAAAGAAUGCAUAUCGUCGUGCACAAUGGUUUCUAUUAAUGUUUGCUGAUGAACUUGCACGUCGUAAUUCAUCAAUUCAAGGUAAUAAAGCAUCAAUUCUAGUUACAAAUCCUGUUGUUACACGAGGUUUAAAUCCUGAAAUGAAUGAGAAAUAUUUGAAUACUGAAGGAAUUUUAAAAUUAAUUUACAUGUUAAUCGAUGCUUGUCCACGUUUAAUUAGUCGUAAAGGAUCAAAUACUAGUUUAUUUUGUACAACUGUUGAUUCUUCUCUUAUUAAUUCAAUAACUGAUCAAUCUAUUGUUCAUUGUGCUCCAAUCUAUCAAGAUUUACGUUUAUUAAUUUCUUCUAAACAUAUGGAUCAAACUAUUGAAAAUAGACGUCAUGCAUCAGAAUUAUUAUGGAGAUUAAGUGAAAAAUGGACUCGAUUAGAUACUCAUCCUAAUCCAUUACCAUUACCUAAUAGACCAUUAAUAAAGAAUAAUAAUAAUGAUAAUAAUAGUAAACUAUUAGAUGGUAAAGUUGAAACUGUCUCAACAAUUCAUGCAUAA